AUGGGUGGUCUGGGUAAAACUACUCUUGCCCAGCUGGCAUACAAUGAUAGUAGGGUGAUGGAUAGAUUCAACCUCAAAGUAUGGGUAUGUGUCUCUGAUGAGUUCAAUAUGUUAAGGGUAACAAGGACAAUUUAUGAGGCAAUCACUGGAUCAAAAGAUGAUACCAAUGAUUUUAAUAUGCUUCAAAUUAAAUUGAAACAACAACUAACUCAAAAGAGAUUUCUCCUUGUUUUAGACGAUGUAUGGAAUGAAGAUUAUCUGCGAUGGGAGGCCUUGCAGUCACCAUUCAAUCAUGGGGCUCAAGGAAGCAAAAUUCUUCUAACCACUCGCAGUGGAAAAGUUGCUUCGACCAUGCGUUCUGCUAAGAUACUUUCAUUGAAGCCAUUAUCGGAAGGAGAUAGUUGGUCAUUGUUUAGCAAAUAUGCCUUCCAUGAUGAAAAUGUUCUUUGUUCAAACUUUGACCUUGAAGAAAUUGGUAGAAAAAUAAGUAAAAAAUGCAAAGGACUGCCUUUAGCUUUGAAAGCCAUUGGGAGCCUCUUGUACACAGAAUCAUCUCAUGAGAGGUGGAAUGGUAUUUUGAAAAGUGAGAUUUGGGAGGAAAAAAGCGAUAGCAAGAUUCUCCCUGCUUUGAGAUUGAGUUAUUGCUACCUGCCCUCUCAUCUGAAAAGAUGCUUUGCUUAUUGUUCAAUAUUUCCCAAAGAUUAUGAUUUUGAUAAGGAGCAUUUAAUUCAAUUGUGGAUGGCAGAAAAUUUUUUGACAUGUGCUCAUCAAAGCAAAGAUGGGAGAGAAGUAGGAGAACAAUUCUUUUAUGACCUGUUGUUGAGGUCACUUUUUCAACGAUCAACAAUAGAUGAAACCCGUUUUGUCAUGCAUGACCUUAUUAAUGAUAUGGCAAAAGUUGAAUAUGGAAAGUUUAGCCACAAGUUUGAGGUAGAUGAUGUAAAUAAUUUGACAAAAAUGACCCGGCAUAUUUCAUUUUUGAGAAACGAUGUUGAUCCAUCCAAACGAUUUGAGGUUACAUACCAGGCUAAUAAGUUGCGCACAUUCUUGCCUCUAUCCAUGCAGGGUCAUAGAAGUAUAGGCUAUACCUCUAUUAGUCACUUUAUAUCUCACAAGGUUAUUAACGAUUUGCCAUCCAAGUUUAUUUGCAUGCGAGUUUUAUCUUUGUGUGAUCAUAUCGUCUUAGAGAUUCCUGAAUCAGUAGGAAAUAUGAAACAUCUACGUUAUUUGGACUUAUCAGGAACUAGAAUAAGGAAGUUGCCUGAUUCAAUAUGUCAACUUCAUCGUUUGCAAACAUUAAAGUUGUGGCGUUGUCGUCUUUUGGAAAAAUUGCCAACGGAUUUUCAUAAACUCAUGAAUCUGCGUCACCUUGAUUUUCGUGAAACUCAGGUGAGAGAGAUGCCGAAGCAAUUGGAUACAUUGAAAAAUCUUCAAGUUCUGUCACCAUUUAUUAUAGACAAAUCUGGAGAGACCAACAUCAAACAUUUAGAAGGACUUAAUCUUCAUGGAUCAGUUUCCAUCUUGGAAUUGCAGAAUGUGGUUUCUCCCUCACACGCUUUAGCAGUCAAUUUGAGAAGCAAGAUACACCUUAAGGAGUUAACAUUGGAAUGGUGCAUAGACAAUAGAAAAUCACACCAUGACAAGGAUGUGCUGGAGAACUUCCAACCUCAUCAAAAUUUGAAAAAGCUAUCAAUUGGCAACUAUGGUGCUAUCGAGUUUCCAAAUUGGCUUGCUAAUCAUUUGUUGUCCAAUUUAGUGUCCCUAGAGCUAAGGCAUUGCAAAUACUGUAGAUCCCUGCCAUCAAUUGGCCUCUUUCCAUCUCUCAAGUCAUUGUCAAUUAUAGGGUUUCAUAGCAUAGUAGCUAUUGGUCCAGAAUUUUGUGGAAAUAGCUCUAAUGCUUCAUCUCUAGAAAUUCUAAGGUUUGGAGAUAUGAAGGCCUGGGAAGAAUGGAAAUGUGAAAUUUUGUCUCUUACUUUCCCUCAUCUUCAAGAGUUGAGUGUAGAAAAUUGUCCCAAAUUGAAAGGGGAACUUCCUCAACAACUUCCUUCUUUAAGGAUGCUAGUAAUUUCCAAUUGUGAGAAGCUUUUGUCUUCAAUUCCAUGGGUUUCAUCUCUUGAUAAACUGGUUCUAAAAGAUUGCAGAAAUGAGCAAUUGGAAAGUCUUCCAUCAGCUCUAAGAGUCCUUGAGAUUUCUGGAUGCUUCGAAAAAUUAUUAUCAGUCGACAAAAUUGAAAAUAUCAUUGCCAAUUAUAGCCUUGAAGAGUUGAAGUUUUCUGAUUGUCCUCACCUAGAAUUCCCAUUGAGAUCUUGUCAUAACUUUGUCCUUGAAAUGGAUAUAAGAGGAAGCUGUGACUCUCUUAAGUCGUUUCCACUAGAUUUAUUCCCAAAGCUUCAAUCAUUGAAGUUGAUUGACUGUAAUAAUCUUGAAAUGAUAUCUGUUUUAGAGGGGCACCAUUAUUCUCUUACAAGCUUGUACAUACGAAAGUGUCCUAAAUUUGUAUUUUUCCCUAAAGGAGGGUUUUUGGCUCCCAAACUAGAAUUUUGUUGCAUUGAAGAAUUGAAGAAUUUGAAAUCGCUCCCAGAGAACAUGCACAUUCUCUUUCGCUCCCUCACAUAUCUGUUAAUAAAAUGCUGCCCGCUAGUGGAAUCAUUUGCAGGAGGAGGUUUCCCAUCAAAUCUCAAAUAUCUUGAGGUCUUAGAGUGCCCGAAACUCAUAGCCUUUCGAAUGGGAUGGCAUCUAAGUAGCUGUACAUCACUACAUUUCAUACAUAUUGGAGAUGCAGAUGAUGAGUCUCUUCCUGAUAUUGGACUACUUCCACCUACUCUUAUUUGCCUUCUGUUCCAUAACUGCCCCAAUCUUAGAUCAUUGGAACACAAAGGUCUUUGCCACUUAACCUCUUUGGAACUCUUGGGAUUUUGUGGCUGUCCUAAACUCCAAUACUUUCCAAAGGAGGGUUUGCCUAGUUCCCUUUGUCAACUAAGGAUUAGGGGCUGUCCCUUGCUCAAAAAGCGGAUCCAAAGGCAGAAAGGAAAAUAUUGGGCAAAGAUUUCUCGCAUUCCUUUUGUUAGCACUGAAGAUGAUGUAGUAGCAACUUUAAGUGAGCUUCUCACUAAUGAUGGCAUCAGUUCUACUGCUAUCCAUUCACUCAUUAGAUAUCAAAGAUAG